GUUGUGCGGAGAUGGCGCUGGAGGAAAGGGCUCGGAGUUGUCUGCUGCGCUCUCGCAGAAAACUGGAACAGGACAUCAAGCCUGCCUCCAUCAUGGACCAUCUGAUCAGUGAUGGCGUAAUGACUGUGGAUGAAGAGGAGAAGAUUGAGACUCAGCCUACCAGAAAGGAUCAAGCUGUAGCCCUGGUGGAUUUCUUGCUAAGGAAGGACAAUCUUACCUACGUCUCUUUCUACAAUGCAUUGAUUAAAGAGGCAUAUAAUGAGCUGGCCAUUCUGCUCCAAAAUGACUUGCCAUGUGUCUCAUUUAAUGGACAUAAGGGCUUUUCUGAUAGCUCCACAUCUUAUGUCCAAACUGUGCUUAGUGAGGGUGGGGUGCCACAAAGACCCGUUGUGUUUGUCAACAGACCAGAGUUGGUGAACCAAGUUCGAGAAAAACUUUAUCAUCUCCAUAAGGAUUCUGGCUGGGUGACAGUCUUUGGCAUGGCUGGAUCAGGCAAGUCUGUCCUUGCUUCCGAGGCUGUGAGACACCAUGGACUCAUUGAAGAGUGUUUUCCUGGAGGGAUUCACUGGCUGUCCAUUGGCCAGCUGGACAAGCCAGACCUGCUGGUGAAGAUCCAGUCAUUGUGUUUUCGUCUGGAGCAGAGCCUAGACUCUCAGUCUCUCCAUCGGCCGCCCAACUCUUUGGAUGAAGCCAAGGAGCGUCUUCGCUUCCUGAUGCUGCGUAAAUAUCCAAGAUCUCUGCUGAUUUUAGAUGACAUCUGGGACAAUAUGGUGCUGAAAACCUUUGACAUCCACUGCCGGAUUCUUCUGACCACCAGAAACAGAAGUCUUGCUGAUUCUGUCAGCGGUGUGAAACAUGAGGUAGAGGUUGAAAGUGGCCUGGAUGAGAAAAAGGCGCUGGAGAUUCUGGCUCUUUACACAAACAUGAGGCUUACAGGACUCCCUGAGGAAGCUCGUAGCCUCGUUAAAGAAUGUAAAGGCUCCCCUCUGGUGGUGUCUCUGAUUGGUGCUCUGCUCAAAGAUAAUCCCAACCGCUGGAAUUACUACCUCCGCCAGCUGCAGCGGAAACAGUUCAAGCGCAUACGGAAGUCGUCCUCCUAUGACUACGAUGCCCUGGAUCAGGCCAUGGCGGCCAGUAUUGAAGUCCUUCCUGAUGAACAUCGAGAGCUCUACAAGGAUCUCACUGUGCUGGAAAAAGACGUAAAAAUCCCAGCCAAGGUGCUUUCUGUUUUGUGGGAUCUGGAGCCAGAGGAGGUGGAGGACAUACUACAGGAGUUUGUCAACAAAUCUCUGCUUUUUGUGGACAGCCACAAUAAGCCAUAUCUGUACUACCUUCAUGACCUGCAGCUGGACUUUCUGGUGGAGCAGAACCGAAAUCAGCUCGAGAGCCUUCACAUGAAAGUGGUUCGUCAGUACCAGCAUUACUACAGAGAUCAGCAUCCCACCUCAGGAAAUGGAGAGUGCCUUUAUUGGAUUCGAUUUUUGGCCCAUCAUAUGGCAAAAGCCAACCUCUCUAAGGAGCUUUACUCCCUCAUGUUCUCAUUGCACUGGGUCAGCACUAAGGCCAAGAUAAUGGGGCCCGCGCACCUCAUCAAUGACUAUGUGGAGUAUGGAUCCAUUUUGGACAAAGAGAACAGUGAGAUGCGCAGUCAAUUCCAGGAGUUUCUAUCUCUGAACGGACACCACCUGGAGCAGAGUCCUUUCCCUGAUGUUCUGCAGCUUGCUCUGUCAGAGACACACUCCUCUGAGGUCUACAGACAGGCUAAGCUGCAUGCACAGAGCCGGGCCAACAACAGGAAGCUAUACUUUGACCUAAUAAAUAAGAGUGGUGUAGAAAGUCUGUCCCGCUUGGUGAUCCACCCCCACCAGGGCUCCAUUUACUCUGCCUGCUUUUCUCAUGAUGGAACUAAAAUCGCCUCCUGCGGAGCUAGCAAGACUCUCAAGGUGUUUAAAACUACCUCAGGUGAGAGGCUGACGGAGAUCCAGGCCCAUGAUGACGAGGUUCUCUGCUGUACAUUCUCCCCUGAUGAUCGUCUCCUAGCAACCUGCUCCUGUGACAGAAAAGUCAAGGUUUGGAAUGCAGAACAAGCCAAGCUGCUGAGGGUGUUUGAGGAGGAGCAUGAGGAGCAGGUCAACCAUUGUGUUUUUACCAACUCACCACGGCGCCUUCUACUGGCCACCUGCUCCAAUGAUAAGUUCUUGAAUGUUAAGCUUUGGAAUCUCAACAAGCCUUCUUCUCAGAACACCAUGUUUGGCCACUUUGAGCCCGUCAAUCACUGCUGUUUCUCCCCUGAUGACAGUUACUUGUCCACUUCCUCCAACGACGGCACUGUUAAGCUGUUUCAGGUAUCGGCAGCCAACGAGUGGAAAACAAUCGAUGUGCGGAGCAUGUUUGCAGACAGUGAUGAUGAAGAGGUCUUCGUCAAGUGCAGCACCUGGACCGCUGACGGCAAACGCAUCAUUUGUGCUGCCAGGAAUGCUGUUCUGGUGUUUGAAGUGGAGACAUCGGACAUGUUGUUGGAGAUCAAGACGAAUCGUCUGAGCACGGUGCAGUCCUGCCAUGCCUGUCCUGCCAGUAACUUGCUGGCAAUAGCAUUCUCAAAUUACGCAGUGGAGCUGUGGGAUCUGGAAGACAAUAAGAAGAGGGCUGACUGCAGUGGCCACCUGAGUUGGGUCCAUCGAGUGCAGUUUUCUUGUGACGGCUCGCAGCUGCUUUCCUGCUCGGAUGACCAGACUGUCAGGUUAUGGGAGACGGCAAAGGUCCACACAUCUUCAGCCGUCUGCCUGAAGAGGGACUCGGACGUUCUCUUUAGCUGUGAGGACAUCAUUGUGUCGGCUGCGGACCACUGCAACCGACUGCAGGUGCGCGACGGCAGAACGGGAUCAGUGCUGUUUCAGUCGGAGGAGAGCUCGUCCAGGAUCCGAUGUACCUGUUUGUGCCGACAGCCCUUUGCUGUGGCCCUGGGCCAAGAGGACGGCACCGUGCAGGUGUUCGAGGUGCCCUCCGGGAAGCUUUUAGCCACUCUGCCGGGACACACUAAGACUGUGCUUCACUGCCAGUUCAGCCAGAACGGCCAAACGCUCAUCACAUCCUCUGAGGACACCACCAUAAGGGUGUGGAGGUGGCAAACGGGUGAGUGUCAAGUGCUCCAGGGUCACAAAGAGCAAGUGAGAAGCUUCUCUCUUCUUCCCGUCUCCCCGAACAACUCCAGCCUGCUGACCUGGUCCUUUGACGGUUCCUUGAAGCUGUGGGACACAGAAAAUGGCGUGAAACUGCAGGACAUCGAGGCUCAUACAGGGGCCAUUCUGUCCUGUCAUGUUUCGCCAGACGGAUGUCUCUGUGCCACCGCCUCUGCUGACAGGACCGCUAAGGUGUGGCACUGUGCAUCCUGGCAGUGUGUCUACACGCUGCGCGGUCACCAAGAGUGUGUUCGAAGCUGCCGGUUCUCCUGGGAUGGUCGACGACUCGCAACAGGAGACGACAAUGGAGAAAUCCGGCUCUGGAGUGUUAGCGAUGGCUCCCUACUGAGGAUUUGUUCCCGGGAUAAUAAAGAUGGCAUGGAUUCACUCCAUGGAGGCUGGGUGACAGAUUUGCACUUCUCCCCGGACAACUCUCUUCUGGUCUCAACUGGAGGCUACAUUAAGUGGUGGAAUGUGGAGAAGGGAGAGGAACUUCAGACCUUCUAUCCGACGGGAAGCGCUCUGAAAAAGAUCCACGUGUCACCCGACUUCUCCACCUUCGUCACCAUCGACAGCAUCGGCAUUCUCUACGUCCUGCAGAGGGUGCUUUGA